AACAACAACAACAACAACAACAACAACAACAACAACAACAACAACAACAACAACAACAACAACAACAACAACAACAACAACAAAUCACAUGCCGCACUCCAUGCAAACACUAGAUGCAACGGUUGUAGAUAAAGCUUGCAUUCCAAUGGGAGGUCAAAAAAAAAUUCCUAUCUGGGAAGAGGUCCCAUAGAGAAGAGACCGACAAAAGAACCCCUGUGAUUUUUACUCACUGCGUUCAUUCAAAACACGGGGCAUUGGGCAUUGCGCUCAUUCCUUCGCGGCCUGUCGGAACUAAAGUAGGUGGACUUAGUGGAGUCGCAGCCAGGUUGUGUUAGCAAACCUUGCAUCAACGUAUAGGGAACCACAAUGUCGUACUCGCGCUGCUUCCUAGCAUGGGUAAAGUCAGCAGUGCCGGCACCGCUGCCAGCCUGCGGCACAGUUACAACAGUCUGAAGGUCGUUUUUCUGGCUGGCGUCUGCGGCGGUGUGCCAGGUUCUCCCGAGGCCGGGCCCGAGAUCUUUCUAGGCGACAUUGUCAUCAGCCAACAGGUCGUGCAGUUCGAAUUCGGCAGACAAUAUCCAGGCCAUUUCAUGGCGAAGGAUGGCACGGCUGACUCCCUUCGCCGACCUAAUCGCGAAAUCUCGACGAUUCUCGCCAGAAUCAAGACCGAGCACGGUCUCAGCCGCCUUGAGCGUAACUCAGCAUCCAUACUACGGGUUCUCCAAGCUCGUGCUCAAGAAGUAGAGUCAAAGAUCGACUAUCGAGAGCCCAGCACGGACACGGACCGCCUAUUCGCUGCGGAUUACAAUGCAGCUCCGAUCGAACCUUGAGGCCCGGACAAACCCCAUCGGCCCGCCCC